GCUCAACGCCCUCACACAGUCUGGAGUCCCAGACUACGGUACCGAGCCUCAUAGCUCGGUACCGUAGUCUUUUCCUGCCCCACAAAUCCGCUGCGACUACCACAUUACAAGCACAAGCAUCGCCUUGUUCACAGCGCACCGCCAGCCUGUAGACGAGCGGCUCCAUUCCAUGCCACACACAUCCUCUUCAACCAAAACUUUCACGCUUCAACGGUACACUGUACCCGUCUCAUGUGGUGCACCCAAAUUCUACAUGUCAAACCGUCACCAGCCAAAGGCACGCGCGUGCCCUCUUCCACCUCCCACCGAAGUUCCGCGCGCUCGUAUCUCCGCGACGACCGCCCGCCGCUCGCCGCGACCUGCCUCAUCUUCAAGCCAAAACGUCUCUGCUCCGUUCGCACUUGUUGCGACUUGUCACCUCGCUCUGUAGCGCUCGCAAUCGCCGCGGCAGCACCAUGGCUCGACUCCUCAAACCGGACGCCGACGGGUUCGCCGUCGCUGCGCAGCAGCUGCGCAGCGGCCAAUUGGUGUCUUUCCCCACCGAGACCGUCUACGGCCUGGGCGCCAAUGCUCUCAACCCCGAGGCGGUGCUGUCCAUCUUCGCGGCCAAGGCGCGGCCGCUCACAGAUCCGCUGAUCGUGCACGUGCCGGCCAUGGAGGACGCCGUGAAGCUCGUGGACCUGACGCCGAGCGGCCGCCUGGCCUUCGAGUGCCUGGGCAAGGCCUUCUGGCCCGGGCCGCUCACGCUCAUCGCCAAGGCGGUGCCGGCGCUGCCGCUGACGCUGUCGGCCAACACGGGGUUCGUGGGACUACGCUGCCCCAAGCACCCCAUCGCCCAGGCGCUGCUCAAGGCGGCGCAAGUGCCCGUGGCAGCGCCGAGUGCCAACAGAUUCGGCCACGUGUCGCCGACCACGGCCAAGCACGUGAUGGAUGACUUGGGUGCGUGCACCAACUUGAGCGUCAUCGAGGCGGAUGAGACAGGGUGCUGUGAAGUCGGCAUUGAGUCCACGGUGGUCAAGAUUGUGCCCGAGGAGCGCAAACUCAUUGUCUUCCGCCGUGGCGGCGUGUCGGAGCAGGCGCUGUCGCAGGUGCUCAAGGAGAAUGCAGAGCUGCUCGGUGGAAUGUACGACGUGGUGACCAUCCAGAAGGAAGCCAAGAUGCAGACCAAGGAGGCGCAGCAGGCCCCAGGACAGAUGAUCACGCACUACGCCCCCGACGUGGACACGUAUCUGUACCAGGCGGAUGCGGCUGACGAGAUGGACGCGUCCAGCAAGCAGGACGUGAGUCGCUGGGUCGUCAUCGACUUCCGCGGCAAGCUGGUCGGACUGAAGGACCGCGUACGAGCAUACAUGGACCUCUCGCCGAACGGAGACGUCGCCGAGGCCUCGCAGCGCAUCUUCGACUCGCUGCGUUGGUCCGAGAACGUCCAGGGCGUCGAGCGGGUGGUUAUCACCGGUGUCAUCUCGGAGCCGCACGAGCAGGCUGCAGCGCUGCAUGACCGCAUGUACCGCGCAGCAUCGGGCAAGCAGCGCUCGCUUCAGCUUUAAAUGCGAUAGAACUCACUCACCUUUACCUAUUGU